AUGAUACGCCAAAAGAGCCAGAUUUACGGCAAUAAGCUGAUCGCUAUGAUCACGCUCGUCGAUGCGCUCUCAAGUUGCUGGUUCGGCUACGAUCAGGGCGUUUUCGCUGGUGUCUUGGUAUCUGAGAAUUUCAAGGACCAGUUUCCCGAGGUCCUCGAUGCCAAUAUAUCAGGCAUCACAUCGAGUUGCUUCUUCAUCGGAGCCUUCCUAGGCUCUAUGGCAGCUUUUAUGCUAGGCGAUAGACUCGGUCGAAGAAAAACUAUCGCAUGGGGUUUGUUGUGCAACUUCCUGGGAGCUAUUCUCCAGUUCACAUCGUGGCAUCUGCCCCAGAUGAUCGUCGGACGCUUGAUAAACGGGUUCGGUAUUGGAUUAACAUCAACUACGACUCCCGUUUUCCUAUCCGAAUGUGCGAAAUCACACCAGCGAGGUAAACUGGUCGUCAUCGGUACCGCUUCCAACGUGACGUCGUUUGCGUUAGCGAACUGGAUCGCCUACGCCCUAUACUCUGAGAAUGGACCAUUCCAAUGGCGGUUUCCUCUCGCGUUUCAAGUCGUUUACUUCUUCAUGAUAGCGCCGCUUCUCCUUCUGGUUCCUGAGUCGCCGAGGUGGCUGUUAUUAGCUGGUAAGGAAGAGAGCGCUCUCAGGGUUCUUAGCCAGCUCGCCGGGAAGGAUAUUCCGAUGAACGACGAUACCGUCACGGGAGAGUUUCGCUCUAUCAAAGUCGCCAUAGAGCUCGAGAGGGAAGACCGCGCGCCCAUAAUGGAUGUCCUCUGCUUCCGCGACAAGACACACAACUUCCGUCGCUUGAUACUGUCUUGCGGAACUCAGUUUAUGCAGCAGUUUAGCGGCAUAAACGCAUUGGGAUUUUAUCUUCCUACGCUAUUGGCGCAGAACGUCGGUUUCAGUGAAGAAAUGAGUCGAUUGAUUGCUGCUGUCAGCGGUACUGUCUACCUAGUUUCGGCAUUCGGAAGCGUAAUUAUCAUCGAUACUCUUGGUCGACGAAAGUAUUCAUUUACCCUCAGAUACCUAUCGAAGAGUUUGAAGACUGCUGACAGAAGCCUAGGAUGCUACUAUGCGGUUCUAUCGCUAUGGGUAUAUGCCAUCUGA